GGUUUCUCAUAUUAGACACAUAAUUUUGGAGUCGUGCAAGUACAGAGGUUUUGUAGAUACUAAAAGUGAAAAUGAAAAUUAAAUAGUUUCUUUUUUUUAUUGGUUCUCAAUAAUGGCAGAUGUUAUAGUGGAUAAGCCCAAGACGGAUGAAGAUGUGUUAUCCACGAUAAAAGCUAAGUGUGAGAGUUGCAUCCGAGGUCCCAAUUUGAUGAAAACACUUAUUGUGGCCGUAUGCCUCGGCGUGGUGGUACAGCAGAUAACAGCAAGCAUUCGGAAGCUGACGAACAAACCAAUAACGACGUACACGCAUUUCGACUUCAACAAAACACUCCUGUACCCCAGCGUGACAUUUUGUAAGGAGCCGCCUUACAAGUAUGAUAAGCUGGAGGAAUAUGGACUAUACGCCCACCCCCGCUACACUUCCACCUGGCUGGCCUUCAACUUCUCUCAGACCAGCCUCCACCAGCUCUGGGAAGACGUCACGUUCAAUGAGAGUGACAUCUUCGUGCAAUACGGCUUGGAAGGCAGAAUGGAGAAUGUAGCUAUAAAUUCAACGCUGGGCUUCAUGCACGGUCGCUGCUACACCCUCUCGCCGAAGGUCGUCAGCACCAGAGCCACCAGGACGUCAGGAUACUCCAUCACCCUGAAGCAUUCCGCCCAGGACGUGGCCACUUCCACCAGCACCUACCCCCCGGGGUACCAUGUCCACGUGCAUUAUAACAGGGAGCCGUUUACAGAAGUAGACGUGUAUAACGGUGGUCAUGUGGACUAUUUCUACGUGAACACUGGAGACACCAUCGACGUCAAGCUGAAGGUGGACCAGUACGUCAAGAUAGGAAAAGAAGAUGACCCUUGCACGAACAGUGAGAACUACAGUGCUAAUGAGUGUACUGCCCAAUAUGUCUGGGAUCUGGUGAGCAGCCAGGCUGGAUGCUCUGGACCUUGGAUGAAGAGCAACCUGCCUCAUUGCAGAAAUUAUUCUGGCAUGAGGAGUCUGAUAUCAGCUUAUACUAGUACGUACGUGAACCACAACUGCUCAUCAUGUCCUCGAUUCUGCCGCUCGUACCUGUACAAUGCCUUCAUCACAGACCGCCAGACCUUCUACUCCUGGGACACUGCUAAACGGACAUGGGCUAUUAGCACUGGCACUAAUUUGCAGACCAACCUCUACAUAUACUUCAAUGGCAUGCUUGUUUCCGUGUACGAAGAGCGAUAUAAUUACGACUGGAACCUUUUUCUUUCGGAUCUAGGAGGAAGCGUUGGUUUUCUCCUCGGUCUGUCUGUUAUCAGCGUCAUGGCUAUGUGCGGCAAGAUCUGGUCUACAGUCAUCAGGCCCACGAUCAAGAUCCCGAAGACCAAGGAAGCCACUAUCGUGAUCAAUAGCAGAUCAGCCAAACACGAGGAAUAUAUGAAGAAUUGCAGAGAAUGGAACGUGAAGAAUAAUUUUUAUUAGUUAUCUCUUCAUUAUAGACAACUGUCAUAUUUGGUAUUGGUAAAUUCUUUAUUAUUAUUAUAUAUUAAAUUAUUGCAGCAUUAAGUUUUUUAUAUAUCACUAGCUGUGCCCGCGACUUCCUCCGCGUGGAAUAGUUAUUUUGGGCAUCAUUGAAGACCUCACGGGUGAAUAAUUUUCCCCCCGUAUUUUUCUUAUUUUUCAUGAUUUCUUUGCUUCUUCUAGUUGCAGCGUGAUGUUAUAUAGCCUAAAGCAUUCCUCGAUAAAUGUUCUAUUCAACACAAAAAUAUUUUUUCAAUUCGAACCAGUAGUUCCUGAGAUUAGCGCGUUCAAACAAACAAACAAACUCUUCAGCUUUAUAAUA